UACAAAGUAGCAGUACAGAUCUAUAUAAACUACCUGGAAUUAAAACAUCGUUAGAUUUACAUUUCGUUAACCAUGAAGUAUCUCAACAUUAUUGUAGGGUUUAUAGCUCUUUUGGCAGUUUGCCAUGCUAUUGAAACUACCACAACGGCAGCACCAGAUGAUACAACUUCAGACAGUGCUACGGAAGGUACCACAGAAAUUGCAAAUGAAAGUACCACAGACAGUGCAAGUGAAACAACUACGGAAAGCCCAGCUGAAAGUACCACGGAAAGUCCAGCUGAAACUACAACAGAUAGUAACCAGUUAAUAGAAAAGGAUAAUACAACACCACCACCACCCCCACCACUUCCAUUUCCUCCAGGAAAGCCUGGAAAACCAAGUAAACCUGGUAAACCAGGUAAUAAUGGAAAGCAUAGUGAACAUGGUAAACCAGGUGAACAUGGCAGACCAGGUGAACAUGGCAGACCAGGUGAACAUGUCAGACCAGGUGAACACGGUAGACCAGGUGAACAUGGUAAACAUGAUGAACAUGGCAGACCUGGUGAACAUGGUAAACAUGAUGAACAUGGUAGACCAAGUGGACCCAAAGGAGACAACCACCCUGGAUCUGAAAAACAUCACGGACCAGCAGGGCCAGAAGGAUCUGGAGGUCUAGGCAGACGAGGAGGACCCUCAGGCAGAUUUAGUGGUCCAGGAAGUCAAGGCGGUAUCGGUGGACUUGGUUCACUAGGUGGAUUUGGUGGUCCAGGUCAAGGUAUAUUUGGUCGUCCAGGAAAUCAAGGAGGUUUUGGUGGACCUGGAAGUCAAGGUGGUUUCGGUGGCCCUAGUAGACAAGGAGGAUUCGGUGGACAAGGAAGUCUAGGUGGUUUCGGUGGCCCUAGUAGACAAGGAGGAUUCGGUGGUCAAGGCGGUUUCGGUGGGCUUGGACAACAAGGUGGAUUUGGUGGUCCAGGUCAAGGACAAGGACUUUUUGGUCGCCCUGGAAAUCAAGGAGGUUUUGGUGGUCUAGGAAGUCAAGGUGGAAAUCUAGGUUUUGGUAGCCCUGGAAAGCAAGGAGGUUUUAUCACACAACCAAACUUUGGAGGUUUCAGUGGACCUGAUGGCUUCGGAAGACCUGGCAGAUAAGAAUAUAAAAUUUUCAAAUUAUCCACAUAAAUCUUAACACCAAAAUAUCACAUCUUAAUAAAUUAUAAUGUUUAAAAAAAAACAAAUUAUGUUAAAAUAAAAACUCCCUGCAACCAAAAAAAAUUAUAAAUUUACUUUGGCCUGUUCUUUGGAGUUGUAUUUACUUAUA